AUGGUGCACAAGAGAGCAGUUAGGCAUGCUGCUUUUUCUCGUGUGAAUUACGGACCUAUGUUACAACGAGAUCAGGAGUGGAUUGCCAACCUAAACAACAUCUACAACUGCAACGACAUAGAGGCCAUCGAUAUGCUUCGGAUGAGAAGAGCCCCUUUCUAUGCAGUUGUGAAAACGUUCAGGCAAAGAGGACUGCUGCUGACUGAUAGCAUCCACACCUCUAUCGAAGAACAAGUCGCAAUGUUUCUUCAUGUCGUCGGUCAUAACCAAAGGUCCAGAGUCAUCCAUAACACAUUCAGGCGAUCCACGGAGACUAUCUCUAGGUACUUCCAGCAGGUGUUGUACGCAAUUGGGGAGCUCAGAGGUGAAAUGAUCAAGCCAGCAUCAAUGAACACACCAACCAAGAUCAAGAACAGCUACAGGUGGUUCCCCUAUUUCAGGGAUUGCAUUGGGGUUAUUGAUGGUACUCAUGUCACUGCAAAGGUACCGAGAUCAAUGUUUGCAGUAUUCCGCGGGAGGAAGCACUACACCAGCCAGAACGUUCUAGCAGCUGUGGAUUUCGAUAUGAGGUUCACCUACGUGCUUGCUGGGUGGGAGGGUUCAGCUCACGAUGCCACCAUCCUGGCCGACAGCCUGUCAAGGCCUGAUGGGUUGCAAAUCCCUGUCGGUAAGUUCUACCUUGGAGAUGCUGGAUAUGCAUGCCGACCUGGAAUUCUACCUCCCUUCAGGAAAACAAGGUACCACCUGAACGAGUUCUCUGCGAAGCACCGACCUCUGAAUGCGAGAGAGUUGUUCAAUCUCAGACACUCAAGCCUUAGAGUCACCAUUGAGAGGGCUUUUGCUGCGUGGAAGAACAGGUUCAAGGUCCUUGACCAGAAACCAUUCCACACGUUUGACACUCAGGUAAAGCUGGUCCUUGCUUGCUGCAUUCUUCACAACUGGAUCCUAGGUUGGGGCGAGGAUGAGUCCUUCGAAGAGGUUGUCAGUUUUGAUGAAGUGGAGACCGGCCAUGGCGUGGAAGCAGGCGAAAAUGAUGCAUGGAAGGUGAAGAGGCAAGAGUGGGCAGACGCAAUGUGGGAAGCCAGCGGCAACACCAUCAUCUGA